UAAUUGCAUACUUAACUGACUAAGGAGGAAAUUAUUGAAAAUAAUGGCCAGAGUUUUUGUGAUUUAAUUCUAUUUUUAAGAAAUGUUGUGUUUCUAUGAAUAAAAAUUAAAGGAAAAAAUGGAAUAAAAUCAGUGAAAAAAUACUGUUACGGAAUCAAGGGUUGCAUUUAUGUCUGUUACCUAUGACUGAUUCCGUAUUUUCUUGGAUUGAAGAUAAAAUGUAACUUGUGAGUGCUUUUUGGACAAUGAUUAUAUCCAAGUUGAAUGUGUCAGAUGUCAGGAUAUACUUUCAUACAGCAUAUCUUAUAAAUAUGUUGUUAGAUGUUUUAUACAAGACAAUUGAGAGGCUAGUGUGACUGUACAUGUAACAUUAAUAACAACAGGAUGGCUAGUACAUGGAGUAGAUUAUCAGCAACACUUAACAAGAAAAGACUCAGUGGUAACAAGAUGACUAGAAUCAGAGAUGCAGACAAACCAGUCAUAUCACCACCACUCAACUUUGAGCAUACAGUUCAUGUUGGAUUUGAUCCCCUGACUGGAGAGUUCACUGGAAUGCCAGAGUCCUGGGCCCGACUAUUAUCACAGUCAAAUAUCUCAAUAUCAGAACAGAAGAAAAAUCCACAGACUGUUUUAGAUGUCCUCAACUUUUAUGAAUCUUCAACAAAAGAGAAAGAGGAAUCAAAACAAAAGUUUUUGACUAAUAUAAAACCACCCAGUGCCAAUUCCCUGAGACCAACAUUGUCUGAUAACAUCACACCAAAUAACACACCCACAAUAUCUCCAUCUCCUCCUAAAGUAGAUAACUCUGGUCCUGGUACCCCAGAGGAUGAAGAAGAUGAAGUUCCGCCACCACCAAUAGCAGCAAGACCAGAUAAAACAAAAUCUAUUUAUACAAAACCAGUAGAGGAUGAGAAACCAAAUGGUACACAUGCUAACAAGAAUGACAGACCAAAGAAGAAGAAGAUGACUGAUGAAGAAAUUAUUGAAAAAUUGCGUACAAUUGUGUCACUUGGAGAUCCAAACAGAAAAUACACUAAAAUGGAGAAAAUUGGACAGGGUGCAUCUGGAACUGUGUAUAUAGCAAUAGAAGUAGCAACAGGAAGAGAAGUAGCCAUAAAAGCAAUGAAUCUCUCACAGCAACCAAAGAAAGAAUUAAUUAUCAAUGAAAUAUUAGUAAUGAGAGAACACCAAAAUCCAAAUAUUGUCAACUUUCUGGACAGUUACUUAGUUGGUGAAGAAUUGUGGGUGGUAAUGGAGUACUUAGCUGGUGGUUCAUUGACGGAUGUUGUUACAGACACAUGCAUGGAUGAGGGUCAGAUAGCUGCAGUGGCUAGAGAGUGUUUACAAGCGUUAGAAUUUCUGCAUGAGAACAAUGUGAUACAUAGAGAUAUCAAGAGCGAUAAUAUACUACUUGGUAUGGACGGCAGUGUCAAACUCACUGACUUUGGGUUCUGUGCUCAGUUAUCACCUGAACAAAAUAAAAGGUCAACAAUGGUGGGAACGCCAUACUGGAUGGCCCCUGAAGUUGUUACCAGAAAGCAGUAUGGUCCAACAGUAGAUAUCUGGUCUUUAGGAAUAAUGUGCAUAGAAAUGAUCGAGGGAGAGCCACCAUAUUUAAAUGAAAACCCAAUUAGGGCAUUGUAUUUGAUUGCAACCAAUGGUAAGCCAGAGAUUAAGGAGAAACAUACAUUGUCUCCUGUCUUCCAAGAUUUCCUGGAUAAAUGUCUUGAAGUGGAUGUUGAAAAAAGAGCAGCUGCUUCAGAGUUACUGAAGCAUCCAUUUCUACGUCUAGCUAAGCCUUUAGCCAGUCUAGUUCCUCUUAUAAUGGCUUCCAAGGAAUCACAGAAAGGACACUAACUUUUCCAGGAAUUAUUAAUUUUUAAGGUAUAGCAUGUGAUAGGUGUAUUCAAAACAUGACUGCUGGUUCAGCAUUGCUUCAUCAUUGGCUUCAUAGACUACUUGUGCACACAUUAACAGUUCCAUCACCUGUCAAGAAAGUACAGAAAGUGUCCCAUAUAUGUUUAGUACAGGAAUAAUGUUUCACAUUGUUGUAUUACAGUAUACUAAUUAUUGUUAAUGUUAAAGUAUAACAUUUGUACAUUGUAAUACCCCAUAAACUUAGUUUGAAGGGGGUGAAAUGGAGUCAGUCUGUCCCUUGGCAAAUCUGUCCCCACUUGUGAAAUCUUGGCAAGACAACUCCUACAUUAUAUGAUUAAUUUCUUCUAAACUUACAUUAUUUGUUUCUCGCAUGCGUAUGUGUGUUGCCUCCAGACUUAUGAUUUUACUGACAUAUGUGUCCUUAUCAAGUCCUUAUCAUUUAAUGAUAUACCUGGGACAUGAUAUUAUUCCCUGAAUAUACAGAAUGAAUACAAAAUAGGACUGCUCAUAGAAGUGUUCAUAAUUAUCAAGAAAAUUAAAUAAACAAUAAAAAAAUGGAAAAAAAAAUGAAAAGAAAUAUAAUUAUGCUUGAACAAUCUAUACACAUAUGUAAAACACUGUGUGAAAUAUAUUUUGGCUGGAAGUACAGGCCUGUGUGCUAGCCACUUGAUUUCCAUGAAAUGAAGGCAAAUUUACGAAUAUAAAUUUUUACUGUUCUUUAUAAUCUUUAUAAUAUUGUUGAAUUAUUUUAUUUAACAAGUUUCAUUUAAUAUUUGUAAAAGUUAGCUGUUUUACAGUGAUUGACCAUCUUGUUCCCCUGUGAUUAACCACAGAGAAAUUACUUAAGCUGUAGUUUGAUGUCCUCUGUGGUAAAAGUUUUCUUUUGCAAGGUCUAUUAACUAAUAUUUGAGAAAAAUUUGUUUGCAAUGAGUGUCAUCCAUGUGGCCCUGUAAAAAUCCCUACUGAUCAUACUGUUUACCAAAGUGGCAUGGGAGGAACGUUCCCAGACUUGAGGCAGUUCCAGUUUGGCACAACUUUAUAGAAACCUAUUUAGAUAUUCUUUUAAAAAGCUACUUAAAUAGAGCUUUUAUUAUUAUAUUAUGCCCCACCUCCCCCCUCCCCCCUCCUUCUCAUCCAUUCCCUAUAAAGAAGAAGGGUAUAUUGCUUUGCAUUUGUAGGUUGGUCGGUCCAUUGACCAAAUGGUGUCCGUCAAUAACUAAAGAACACUUAGGCCUAGGAACUUCAAACUUGGCAUGGGGAUCAAAAAGACCAGAAGAUGACCAGAAGAUUGUUUUAUGGGUCUUUAGGUCAAAGGUAAAGGUAAAAUUCACCUUGAAUGUUAAAAUGGUAUCCAAAUAAUAACUCAACAACUCAUGGGACCUUGACCUUCGAACUUCACAGGUUCAUUGGUCUAUGCCAGUAGAUAACCCCUAUUGCUUUUUAGGGACAAAGGUCAAAGUCACAUUGACCUUGUAAGUGAAAAUGGUUUCUUACCAAUAACUCAAAAACUCAAGUUGCCUUGGUUGAUAUUUUUUAUUAAACUAAAAAUGCUUCUGGUAUACACAUUUCAAGGUUAAAUGUAAUAUAACAUAUUGGCUGUCAAGGAGGCCUACAUGAUUCAUAACAUUUAGGUAAGAUUUGUGAUUGCUGCUUACAACCUUAACGGUCACAAUGACCCAGUGACUAUUUAAGUAAAGAGCAGUCAAAAAUUUAUUCAGUUUUGAAAUGCAAAUUGUGUCAUUAGAAAAUCUUUAAAGACAAUUUAUAAUUUUAUAAGUUUUAUAAACCUUUUGAGUGUUACAUAAUUGUAUUCUGUAUAUAGCUUUAUGUGCAUCUGAAAUGGCCUAGUCUAUUUAUAUGUUUCAUUUUUUGUGCAAACAUUUUAUAUAUUAAUGUAGUGUAAUCUGUACAUUUUUUAUGUAUUUUAUACAAGAUUUUAAUUCAUCGUCACACACAUAAAUAUGUAUUAUAUAUAUAAUGUUGUAGACUUGAACACAAAUAUGUCUUUUUUUUUAGCUCACCUGUCACAAAGUGACAAGGUGAGCUUUUGUGGUCGCUUUUCGUCCGGCGUCCGUAAACUUUUACUUUAAAUGACAUCUCCUCAUAAACCACUAAGCCAAUUUCAUCCAAACUUCACAGGAAUGUUCCUUUGGUGGUCACCUUUGAAAAUUGUUCAAAGAAUUUAAUACCAUGCAGAACUCUGGUUGAUGGCAACCAAAAGAAAAAACUUUAAAUAUCUUCUUCCAAAAAACCCAAAGAGCUAGAGCUUAGAUAUUUGACAUAAAACAUCUUCUAGUGAGUGUCUACCAAGUUUGUUCAAAUAAAAGCCCUGGGGUCAAAAUUGGCCACACCCAAGGGGGUCAUUGAUUUUCCCUAUAUGCAUAUAGUAAAAAAAUAAAAAAUCUUCUUUUAAAGAACCCAAAGAGGUAGAGCUAAGAUAUUUAGCAUGAAACAUCUUUUAAUUGGUGUCUACCAAGCUUGUUCAAAUAAAAGCCUUGGGGUCAAAAUUGGCCCCGCCCCAGGGGGUCAUUGAUUUUCCCUAUAUGCAUAUAGUAAAAAAUCUUCUUUUAUAGAACCCAAAGAGCUAGAGCUAAGAUAUUUAGCAUAAAACAUGUCCUAAUAGAUGUCUACCAAGUUUGUUCAAAUAAGAGCCCUUUGGUCAAAAUUGUCCCGCCCCGGGGGUCAUUGAUUUUCCUAAUAUGUGUAUAUAGCAAAAACUUUAAAAAUCUUCUUUGAAAAAAAACAAAUAGCUAGAGUUUAGAUACUAAGCAUGAAACAUCUUCUAGUGAGUGUCUACAAAGUUUGUUCAAAUAAAAGCCCUGGGGUCAAAACUGGCCCUGCCCCAGGUGUGUCAUUGUUUUUAACUAUAUGUGUAAAGAAAAUACUUAAAAAAAUCUUCUUUUAAAAAACCCAACGAGCUAAACCUUAGAUGUUUAGCAUGAAACAUCUUUUAAUGGGUGUCUACCAAGUUUGUUCAAAUAAAAGCCCUGGGGUUUAAACUGGCCCCGCUCAGGGGGCCCAUAUACAGGUGAGCGACUUCAGGGCUAUCAUGGCCCUCUUGUUGAAACUUGUAAUAUUUUCAUUUAAAAGGGCACUUAAACAAACUACAUUUUUUCACUAACAGAUAUGAUAAUAUGAUAUAAUUAGAUAUAUUAUGCCAUUACUAGAAUAGAUUAUGCUCAAUGUUUUCUACAAACAAAGUUCUUCUUUUGUUUUUAUACACCAAGGAUUGUUUAGGAGGUAUUGUGGUAUGGCAUUGUCUGUUCAUCUGUUAGCACUCACAUAUGACAUGAUGUGACAUUUAUAUAGGAUUAAAUGUCUGUUCAUUCUGUACAGACUGUACUUUUUGGUAUGGGUAAAAAUAUGUUUUUAUUAAAUAUUAAUUAAAGGAAUAGCCCCUAAACAUCAACUAAGGAAGAAGUAUGUCUGUCCUUCAAAUGUUAACCUGCACAAGGUAAUGUAAAGACCCAUUGCUUAUGGUCAUAAUUGUCAUAAAAUUUUGUGUCCUCUCAAUAAAUAUACCCAUGGAUGAAAAUGUUCUUCAAACACUCAAAUGUUCACCUCGGCAAGGUGAUGUGCAGAAUUUAUAUGCUGUAAGUUUGCUUCUUAAAGGUUGAGGUCACACUUGAAGGUCAAAUUUCAGACAAUUUUAUGUCUGCACUUUUAGAUCUCUUCAGCUUUGAAAGACUUCUUUCAAACUUAGCUCAUAUGUUCAACUUAAAACAUAAUGUUAAAUGGACCAAAUAACAUCUUGUGUCAUAUUAAGAUAGUAUGGUUAUUGGUCAUUUCUCCGACAGCUCUAUUUAAUUUGAAACUUAACAAUAAAUUGAUAGUAUAUGUUCAAGGCCUUUUUUUAACUUCGAAAAAUCUUGUUUUUUAGCUCAUCUUUUUUGUAUUAAAGAAACUAUUGCUACAGUCAUGUUGUUCUUAGACAUUGAAGUUGUUGUUGCUGUUUCCAUCCGAAAACUUAAAUGUUGGUCAUCAUUUUUUUAUGCCUCGCUGAUUGAAUCUGGAUUGUAUUUAUUUGGUGUUGUCCAUCCGUCCCUCCUAAUCCAUCCAUCUGUCUGUUCGAAUUUCCGGGCUAGUUCUCUGCAACUACUGGCAGGAAUUCAACAAAACUUUAUGGGAAUGACCAACACCAAGAUGAGAUGCGCAUAUUGUCGCCUUGUUCCGGUCCGACCCUGUAACACAAAGAGUUAUGGCCCUUGAUUAGGUUUGCAGUAUGCAUACAGAGCAAUAAUCGUUUUUGUGCUAUUUCUCUGCAAGUACUGGCAGGAAUUCUCUGAAACUUUAUGGGGACCAUCAAUACUAAAAGGACAUGUACAUAUUGUUGCGUUGCUCCAGUCAGAUCCUUCAUCACAGAGUUAUUGCAACUACUGGCUUGAAUUCAAGGAAACUUUAUGGGAACAAUCAAUACCAAGAGGAGAUUUUAUUUGUACACUAUCCCCAACAGCACAAAUAAAUCGAUACUUUUGCUUUUGAAUUUUUCUGAUGUGACCUUGAUCAUCAAACAACCUUCAGGACAAAGCCUUCUAAAAAGUUGAACUGACUUUGACCUUGAGCUUUAAAUGUCCUUGACCGUCAAGGUCAAAGUAUUGAAUUUUGAGUUGACAUAGUUUGGUUUUUAGCUCGACUUUUCGCAGAAUAAUCGAGCUAAUGCAGUCACCCAUUUGUCGGCAUCCCUGUGGUUAAGUUUUUGCGUAUAAGCUGGUAUCUCCAUAACUACUGAAGGGAAUGGAUUGAAACUUCACACACUUGUUCUCUGUGAUUAUAUUACAUGAUUGGCACAAGUCCCAUAACUCUGAUUUGCUUUUUUGCAUAAUUAUGCCCCUUUUUCGACUUAGAAAUUCUUGGUUAAGUUUUUGCGUGCAAGCUGGUAUCUCAAUAACUACUGAAGGGAAUAGAUUUAAACUUCACACACUAUUGUUCUCUGUGAUUAUCUAACAUGAUUGGCACAAGUCCAUAACUCUGAUUUGCUUUUUUGCAUAUCAUCAUAACUAUUGAAGGGAAUGGAUUGAAACUUCACACACUUGUUCUCUGCGAUUAUCUUACAUGAUUGGCACAAGUCCCAUUACUCUGAUUUAUUUUUUGCAUAAUUAUGCCCACAACAACUUUCGAUUGAAACUUCACACACUUGUUCUCUGUGAUUAUGUAUCAUGAUUGGUAUAAGUCCCAUAACUCUGAUUUGUUUUUUUUCAUAAUUAUGCACCUUUUUCGGCUUAGAAAUUCUAGGUAAAGUUUUUGCUUUUUUUUUUUUUUUGGUAUCUCCAUAACUACUGAAGGGUUUGUGCCUUUUUUUGAACAAUUUUAUGCAUUCAUAAUAAUAAUUAAGCAGUGAUUAACUCGAUAAAACAUCUUAAUAACAAGCCUUUGUACCUUUUCUGACAAUUUUAUGUAUUCAUAUUGGUAAGCAUUAUUAUACUCAAUGAAACACACUUGUGACAACUUUUCGAAUAGUCAAGCGUAACUGUCCUCCGACAGUUCUUGUUUAUGUACGGAUUUGAUUCAUAUGCGGACAAAACAGCACUUGUGACCAAACAGAUAUGUGGAAAAAUUUACAUAAUUUUAUAUCUUGACCUUUAUAUUGACCUUGUCGAUCAAAUGAUUGAAUUUUGCUUAUAAUAUAUUUUCUUAAGUUUGUCAUUUAUGUAUGGAAAUGAUUCUUUUUUUUAUAAAACAACAAGUGUGACAGGACAGACCUGUAAAAUUUAAUUUUCUUUUAAACCGUUUAUUUGUUUGCUUUUAGAAAAAGUAAAAAAAUGAGCGUUGCCCCUGCCUGGCGGUGGCUCUUGUUUAUUCAAAUUGGCUUCAGAAAACUAUUUUUUCUUUUACUUAGUUAUUUUCCUGUUGUUUUUUUUACCAAAAUAAUGGUAAGCAAAUGAUAAUAAUUUUUUAGCAUGGCAAUUUAUUGAAAUUACUAUUAGUUCACAGAUGAAACAUCAUAAAAUGUAGGUCCAGUUCAAAUUUGGCUUCAGACAACUUAAUUUUGAAAUAGGUUGGGGAUAUGAAUCUCCUUCAGUGAUAGUUCUAGUUACUGUUAUUGUUUUUACAUGUAAGCACAUUUUAUCAUCUUAUUAUAACGAUUUUUUUUGUGCUUAUAAAGUUACAAUUGCUUGCAUAACCUGCAGUUAUGUAGAUGACAAACUUUAUAGAUGAUUUAACAAAACUACUUUAUUUAAAUAUAAAACUUAGCAAAUCAUUAGUAAUUAACUCAAAACAACAAUGUUGGUUUACAAUGUUUAAAGUUGAUUUAAGGUAUGACCACCCUAAUGGGUGCUAUAUAUAAGAAACUGAAAAAUUGACAACAUAAGUCAGAUUAUAUGCCUUAAACAACAACUGCAUGCAAAAUUUACAUGGACACUUUUCUAAACUUAACCUUGGAUAUUAGACAGACUCUAUUUCAGAAAUGACAAAUCUUUAAAUAAUCUUUAAUAUCAUCCUUAUGGAAAAUGUUUUCCCAUUAAUUAUUGUUAAGAAACAAAUAACAUUCAGCUAACAAUCCACACAAGCAAAAGGAUUGUAUAUACUCAACAUUUAUGAAAUAUGUAUAAAAAAAAAUAUUUCCCAACCCCCACCUUUAACACUUGUUUUUACUUUUUUCCGACUUAGAGAAUCUUAUUUAAAAAAAGCUCCUAAAGUUAACUAAAAUGAGGGUCUGUUUUCAAAGUUUCCCUACAUUUUCUCAACUGUAUAUUGGUUGAUCUUGUCAAAUAUUAAAUACUCUUACCAUGUAGUUUUGAUUUUAUUAUACAAGGUACUUUGAAAAUAUCAGGUAUCAUAUUUAUUAUUAGAUUUAGCAUUUAUUUAGCAAAUAGAUACCUAUAAUAAUUAUGUUAUUAAAAUUAAGUACUUUUUUCCAAAUGGGAUUUGAAUGAUACAUAGAUAAUGUUUGAAAAAAGCUUACCCUUCUUGAGUUUUAAACUAGGACCCUAAUUAACAGUAAUUCUAGCCAAUUUGAAUACUCUUAAAAGUGGAGGCAAUGCAUUAGGGUGGUCAUACCUUAAUGGUUCAUUCAGAUUUGAUUUGUAUAUAUUUUAUAAGUUUGUUUUUUUAUGUGCUUUAGACAUUAGUGUUACUUGUAUAGGUGAUAUGUCUGCUUAAAUUUGCUAGGUUUAGUUUAUGUAUGGUAUAUCAAAUAUACCUUACAGUAGAAUAGUUUAAUAUAAAAUGUUACUUUCAUUGCACAAAGAUAGAUAGAUACAUACAUGUAAAUAUUGGAUAUGUGUACAGACUUCGUUACAGUUUUUAUAUAAAGACAUUAGGCUUAAUGAAAACUGUUGAAUGGAAUUUAUUUAAUUUUUGCAUGAUCUUAGAAGAAAGUUUAAAGAGAAAAAAAAUGAGAUUUCCAAUCUCUUCUUUUAGUUAUGUAUCCUUUGAUGUUUUUGCCUAUAUAAGUUGACUUUUUUUAGCAAAAUUGGCAUAUGUUUAAAAUUAAACAUACCACUCUGUAUACAGUGUCAAAUGUAAUUGCUUCUGUAAUGGUGUAAAACUGUUAAUUUAGUCUUCAAUAAAGCAUGUUUAAGCAUAA